GACUGUGAUAACACAGCCUCUGGGAUGAGUCUGAGUGGUGAGGUACCAGCAGCAGCAGAAGCACCAGCAGCUGUGUUAGCGCAGAGGAGGCGCUUCCCCUUUAAUUUGCCCACGCUCCAGAGCGGUAAGGAGUGGUGGCAAGCAGUACAGACCACUCUAGUCCCUUUGUAUGCGCAGCAGUGCCUAUCUGCAGCCUAUACCGCUCGCUCUUACACAAUAAUUAUGAGUAAAAGACGAAAAGUUGGACUUUGACAUGAAAUGGCUCGCUCGCGCCGCGCCACUCCCUAACAUGAACGAGGAGAGCACAAGUAAGCGCACGAGGAAUCCCUGUGUAUAAGUCGAUGGAUAUUUUGGGACUCGGGAAGGUUGACUUUUUAUUUUUGUUUAAUUAUUAAAAAAAAUUAUAUAGAUAUAUAUAUUUAAAUGCAUGCUUUGAUGCAUCAAUGCCUUGAGUGAAACGAAAUGCUUGAAUGCCUUUAGCACAGUAAUGCAUGGGCAUGCUUUGAUCAUCCACAGAGAGAGGAGCCUUUUGCUGAAGCAUGUCACUGCAGACACCCCGCGCUUGCUUGAAGGGGUUAAAACACUGAUCACAGCCGGUGUGAUGUGUUUUUCAUGGGUGCAUGAGCCUGGAUUCUGAAUAUGUGUCCUGUAAUAAAAAACAAACAAACAAACAAACAAAAAACUUGUUUUCGGGCAAUUGGAUAACACCUUAAAAACGGACGCUGUCUUUGCGCAACGGGGAAAGCAAACAAAAAAAACAGCGAAAUGAUGACUGGGAACAUCUGAAACGUGAUGCUCUAUGGAUUUCUGCCCGUAAGAUGAGCGCGUUUGCUCAACAACAAGAUGUUGCCACUCCUCAGAGCAUCAUUUUGGCCACCAAACUCGAGCGGCCACACGUAUUCAGGCAAUACUCCUCAGUCUCUUGUGUUAAAUGUUACUAUCUUGUAUAAUGUGAGCAUGUUUGAGGCGACGCCCAGCGCAAACAGCUCCCCUGUUUCUUUGCAGAUCUCUGAAUUGAGUCGAGACAACACUGUGAGGACACAGGGGGCGUCAGAUUUUGCUGACCCUAGCAUCUCUGGACCGUUUCGAUGGGAAGCUCUUUGCAAAUAACACCUUAAGGGAGUCCCCUUCGCUUGGCCUCUUUAAUUUCUUUGAGACAAGCUGCUGUAUGUUUCCCGUUUGUCCUGGAGGCGCAUACGCGCAGCGGUUGGGAGGAGGACCGGGAUCGUUGCAGUACCUGUAAUGAAUGGCUGCUGAAAGACACCACUGACCCUGGCAACGAGACGUUUUAUUAGUCCUGUCGGUGUCAUGUAAACAUAAUCAUUUGGCAAAUGAUUUCUCUGGCGCUUUGGGGACGCUUGGUGCUCGCAGUGUUUGCAAGAGGGUGGUGUUAGGGAGUGAAAGGAAGCCUCCAAUUUUUUGAGGAAACACCAUCACAUCCCGACCCCAAACUGCAGGUUGCAUUCAUUCACAGCAUGACUGUUGCAACAGGCGACCCAGUCGAUGAAGCUGCAGCUCACCCGGGUCAACCACAGGACACGUAUGACCCGGAUCCAGAUCAUGAGUGCUGCGAAAGGGUGGUCAUUAACAUCUCUGGCCUCCGCUUUGAGACACAGCUCAAAACUCUGUCUCAGUUCCCCGAGACAUUGCUUGGGGACCCCAAAAAGAGAAUGCGCUACUUUGACCCUCUGAGGAAUGAGUACUUUUUCGACAGGAACCGCCCAAGUUUUGACGCCAUUCUCUAUUACUACCAGUCAGGUGGCAGGCUAAGGAGGCCUGUCAAUGUGACAUUGGAUAUUUUUUCUGAGGAGAUACGUUUUUAUGAGCUUGGGGAAGAAGCCAUCGAGAUUUUCCGGGAGGAUGAAGGAUUUAUUAAGGAAGAGGAGAAACUCCUGCCAGAAAAUGAGUUUCAGAGGCAGGUGUGGCUGCUCUUUGAGUACCCUGAAAGUUCAGGGCCUGCCCGCAUUAUUGCCAUCAUUUCCGUCAUGGUCAUCCUCAUAUCUAUAGUCAGUUUUUGCCUGGAGACCCUUCCAGUUUUUCGCAGUGAGGACCUGGACCCGGACAAAAUUUCCAUGGGCUCCAACUCAACAAAUACUUACACCUCCACCUACUUUACUGACCCCUUCUUCAUCCUGGAGACCCUUUGCAUCAUAUGGUUCUCCUUCGAGUUCCUGGUGCGUUUCUUUGCGUGUCCCAGCAAAGCAGGCUUCUUUGUCAAUAUAAUGAACAUCAUUGAUAUUGUGGCUAUAAUACCUUACUUUAUCACCUUGGGCACAGAGCUAGCAGAGAAGCCAGAGGAUGGCCAACAAGGACAGCAAGCCAUGUCACUUGCCAUCUUGAGGGUUAUCAGAUUAGUACGAGUCUUCAGGAUCUUCAAACUGUCCCGGCACUCGAAAGGGCUGCAGAUUCUUGGGCAAACGCUCAAGGCCAGCAUGAGGGAGCUAGGUCUGCUUAUCUUCUUUCUCUUCAUUGGAGUCAUCCUCUUUUCGAGUGCCGUCUACUUCGCUGAGGCGGACGAGCCUGACUCACAGUUUAUUAGCAUCCCUGAUGCUUUCUGGUGGGCCGUGGUCACAAUGACGACAGUAGGGUAUGGUGACAUGGUUCCAACAACCAUUGGAGGCAAGAUUGUAGGAUCUCUGUGCGCUAUCGCUGGUGUGCUGACCAUUGCCUUGCCCGUGCCUGUCAUAGUCUCCAACUUCAACUACUUCUACCAUCGAGAGACAGAGGGUGAGGAACAGGCCCAGUACCUUAACGUGACCAGCGUCCCCAAGAUAGACUCCUCGGAGGAUCUGAAAAAGAGCCGCAGCGGGUCAACCAUGAGCAAGUCUGACUACAUGGAAAUUCAAGAAGCUGUUAACAACAGCAACGAGGACUUUCGAGAGGAGAAUAAGACUGGUAACUGCACCCUAACCAACACUAACUAUGUUAACAUCACCAAAAUGCUUACAGAUGUAUAACCGCUUUGAACUGCCUUGACGAAGAAAAGUGAGAUAAGGUAGGGGAGUACAGACUCCUGGUUUUGAAGGCUUCAGACGCCUCGUGCAGGAGUUUCAAGAUGGGAGAACUGAAAUGCAUCCAUUUGAGCGAUGCAUCAGUAAAGAAGACCUCUCCAUAAUUCCAUCCCCAUUACCUGUCACAAGUUCUGGAAAACUCGAUUGGUAGGGGACGUUGUUUUGCAUCUUCGUGUUCAGUGUCUGCAUGGAGUUUGUCUUUUCUGUGUGACUGUUCUAGUAGUCGUUCUGCUUGCAACAGUAGCCAAAUCGUAGCCUGAUAGAUGCAAGCGUAGCAUAGAGGGACCAAUUCCUGACUCCCAUUCACCCAUUUACUGCCAACCUGAGGACCCCUUGAGUGUAUUUGUACCUGGGAAUUUUGUCACUCCAAAUUGAUUAGUGGCUUUAAAACAUGGAGGAGUUCAUAUAUAUUCGUGAAGAAUCACCAUGGAGGAUGUAUCUCUCUGUGAAUGCACAAACGCUGCCUGUCCUGCCAGCCGCAACAGCAUACCAUGUGCGGUACCUAAAAAUGUUACAUUCCAUCUUGUGACGGAGAAAUACAUGCAUGACCAACCUUGGGGGCCUGGAAAGCUGAUUAAGCUUUAAUUUUUCUUCAUUCCUACGACCAUUUUCCCCCCGUUUUCUGCCUAGGAUCUCAGUACAUCCCACGUUAAAGUAAACAGACCUGAAAGUGGAAUGGAGAUUGUUUUGAAGUCGCCCUUUUUCCAUCAUCAUCAUUCCACUAUACUGCAUGAGCAGCUUCCCUCCAUUGCAUCAUUUCCUCACGUCACUUACUUUUCCCAGCAUUGUAAACUUUCAAGCAUUCCAUGUGUAUGAGAAAUGUCUUUUGUAACAAUGAUCUACCCCUACAAGCGUCUGACGGGGGGGGCUGCGGGAGUGUAGAUAUUUUACUCUGACAGUGCAGCCAACAACAGCCAAACUCACUAAGUCAGGUCACCAAAGAUGAAGUUCACUGCCGUUAUUUAUUGCAUUUUUAUGUUCUUUUUACAUUUUGGUGUCAUUCCAUGGUGCAUCCUGCUCAUAAUAUGAUGCUGGAGAAUUUGGAUAAAACUGAUGCUUCCUUGAAUAGCUUUUGUAAGAGAUAGGAAAUAUUCAGCUACUUUUGUGGUGCAUGUCUGGUACACAUUCCUUGUAGCAUGCAUGUAGUAAGAAUGAUACUUACAGAACCAGUAAUAAGUAUUCAUAACUUUAUCAAUAUCAAUAUUUUUCUCUGUGAGAUUAACGGUAUGUGCAAUAUUAAAAAUGCUUAUUUUUGUUUUAAGGUUGCAAGAUUUUGCAAAUAGUUUUCUUUGUUAGUAGGCUAAUACAUACCAUCAAGGUUGUUAAUUUCUUUGUUUGGAAGGAGGGUGAAAUGCACCAAUUAAGACAUUUGGAUAUGGGGGAGAUCUAACUCUGCAAAAUCUAAAUUCCUGAUUUAAUAACAAUGGAUUCUCAUGGUUUUGUGGUACAUUUGAGCUUAUCGUCAUAACUAAAGAUGGUUUCUCUAGCAUUGUCUGUUGCAUUAAUGUUAAAGACCUCAUGAAAUAAAAAUGGACUUUUGCCGCUUUUAAUCCAGUUCAUUUUGAGGCCAUUGAAAUGCUAGUGUUUUUUUUAGUUUUUGAAGUAUAUUAAGAUAUUAAGACAAGCAUAAUUACAAUUUUCAGCCUUUCUGAUAAAAUGAAGCAAAAUACUGAUUAUAUAAUCUAUUUAGGGAAAGGUUUUUAUUAUUAUUAUUAUUUAUUUAUUUGGCUGAUUUAGUGCUCCCAAGAAUGAGAAAGUCCUCUUCUUCUAGUGCAAGCUAAUUUUAGCUGGUUAGUCCCCAGUUAGCAUAUUAUAUCAAUUAAAUUGUAGCCAUGUGUACUUAUAAAAUCAUUUUUUUAAGCAACAUAUAAAUCAAAUACAAUAAGAUUUUACUGUUUUUUUUUUACACUUGCAACUGAUUUGAUUUAUUUAAUAUGCAUUUAUUUUUGAGAGCUUUUUUCUCUCCAGUCUUUAGUCGUGGCAUUUUUUUUUUUUUUGUAAAACCAUUUCAUGGGGCCUUUAAAGAAAGAAAUAAUAGCAUAAAACCUUCUGUUUUGAAAUCCAAGUCAGGACCUAUGCAAUUUAGAGUUAAGAAGUAAAAAAGCUCUGGGAACUAAACAUUACAUACCCUACCACCCCAGUUGAAUUGCCCAAGGUUUUUCGCAGAAUUAGAUUCACUCCACUGCCAAAAUACUUGGCAGAUCUCCCUGCCGCUAUGUUUGCUGUUAUGCUGGCCGAAUGAGAUGUAGGCCUCCGGCCACCAAGGCUACGCAAAUUCUCUCCGAAAACUUUGAAAGCCCUCAGUGAGGCAGUACUGCCAUAUCUAGUAGUGUUGUGCACCAUUCACUCCAUCCUUUCCAAAUGCAAGACUUCCUAACCUAAUAACACUUUUACUUCCCCUGCCCAGAGCUUCAAUGAGUAAGGGUUGGGGUUUGAACCUAUGCUAAGCCAUGCUACCUGCUUUCACCAGUCUUAAGUAAAUGUUUAGAGAAAGCAGAGGUUGCUUAAGAAGGGUCUCAGAGACUUGGAAAAGUGAGUGUCAUAUUGCAGCCAUAACAUUUACGUUUAGCCUUAAUGGAUAGGAGACAAGAACUUGGGUCAAGAAUGUGAUAAGCCACUUAAAGUCAACAUGAAACUGUUCAUAACCCAUUUUACUUGUAUAAUGUGACAUAUUGCUCAGCAAAAUCCGAUAUUUGACGAGAAAAAAUGUUGGAAGUUGAAUGAAUUGAUUAGACUAUAAGAGAUUUGAGAAGUACAAAAAAAUUGCGUUGACUUAUUUGUCAAAGUUUAAUGCAUUUAUUCAUUACAUACAAUUAUUUUGCAUCCACUCCUUCAAAGAAAAGCUUAGUUUAUAAUCACAUUGGAUUGUUUUUUUUUUUACUGAUUCCAUCACGAAACAUACUUUCUCAAUGUUAUUUUGCUUUUCUGUGUGCAUUACUGAAUGCAUGCAGAAGCCCUUUCAUAAUGGAUGUCCAUGCAAAGGAGGGUAUGCAGUAAUUUAACAAGCCCUUUUACACUGCCAGGGCAUCGUCUUCAAGACGAAGGAAUUCUUAAUAAGAUGUCGUAAGCGUUUAGUAGCAAAAUACGCUGAACUGAUGCUCUCAAUCAUAUCGUAUCGUAUUUAAUAGUGUCUCCAUAGCUGCCUCGUUCUGUCUGAAACUGCGAAUAUAUUGUUUUGAAAUAUAUUCACUACGACAGUCAGUCUGUACAUUUGUAAUACUCUAGAGAUUUCGAAUACUUUUAAUGCUUAUAUACUGUCAAACACAGCUUUGUGACGAUACUUUCAAAGAAUCCGCUGCUUUCAUUGUUGUCUUAACACAAAAGCUAUAGCUUUUUUAAAACACCUCUGCCAUGUAACGCAGUUUCUUAAUAGUCGACAAAAUUCACAGCUGCAAUUAUAUCCUUUAAACCUUAUCCAAAUCUAGAUGUAUUGUAGUACUAGUAAACUUCAUAUACAUUAAGCACAAACACACACACAAAAUAACCUCUACUGUAAUUAUCAUAGAAGCUUUGCCUAUUGAUUAUUGCGUUAUAUUAAUGUCUAAGCAAUCAAAUCACGCCUUUAUAUCUAAUCAGUAUUCAACUGAAUGUCAUUACAGGCUUUAUUGUUCACACUCAGGCAUGAUUUAUGGAUAAUAAAAAAAGACCACAUUUGCUAUGAACAUGUAUGCAAUAUGGAAAUACAGUGUAUAUAUAGAUAAGGAUGGGUGGAUGAAUGAUCAGACCAAGAUUGAGAGGAAAGAUGAGCAGAUGUGAUUCAGAAACAGAUUCUAACAGAGCUGUUUUGGGGGGAGCUCAUCUUGUUUUGAAGUGAAAGUCAGGCCUUGUUCACACUGCACAUUAAUCCGGUUUGUUUUACAAAUCCAGUCGUUUUGGACCUAGUGUCUGCGCUACAGUGUUUAAAGUGACUGGUUAUGUUAAAACACUCUAGCUAAGUCUCUAGUAAAGUGUAUCUAUACUGCUCUCUAUAGUAAUGACUUUAGCAUUAGCAUGAUGCUAAGCCACUUUCUUUUACAGUGGUGUAUUUUAUUGAUCCAAUGCAUUCAUUUUCUAUGUAGCAUAUAAUAAACUCCACAUAGUUCACUACAAGGAGAAAAACUAACUGACUAUUCAUACCCGCGUGAAAAAGACGUGUGCUUAAUUGUAUUAAAUGUGUACUUCAAAGCUAAAAAGUACAUUUUUACACAUCUACACUUGCAGAAAUUAUAUUUGCGCUUAUAUUAAUAUCUGAACCUGCAGAAGAGAUUAAUAUUAUUAAUGUCUGCACUUGCACAUAUUAUUUCGUGUAAGAUGACACUAUUUAGUGUUUCUGAACACAAUUGAAUAGUUUAGGUGCACUCUGUAAUAAUGUCUAAUUAAAUAUUUACAAUUGUUUAGAUAAUUGGUUUAAUAAACUUUUGUCUUGCUUUAAAAUAUGUGUCUAACACUAAAGCACAUGUGAAGUAUCCGAAUAUAAUUUGAACUGUAGUGUGUUAUUUGAAAAUGUAAAUAUGUUUUAAAAUUUAAAAAAAUUUAAAUGUUUUGAUUUAAAAUGUAAUAUGUUUUAAAUGUAAUCAGUUGCAGCUUGUUAGAAACAUGUUAAUACAAAUCUAUUUAAAAAAGUAUAUAUUACUGGAAAUAUUUAUUACUUCCAUAAGUCAUACUCUCUUAAAAAUGAUGCUAAAGUGUACUUCUAUUUAUUGAAACAUGGUUAUUGAAACACAUUUCCAAAAAUCUGAUUUUGAUCAACCAACUUUCAUUUCAGACGACCUGUGAAUGUGAUUUGGAUCUAUUUUGAUCUAUUAUUUGCCGAAAAAUUGAAUUUGUGCUGCCUGUGUGAACAAGGCCUUAGGAAACAUCUGCUCUGUUUCUGUAUAGCAGCACGUCUGUGGAGAUACUCUCGAUGUCAACAGGGUGACGGAUAAUGAACUGUGCACUUCAGCGGAUGAGCUGAGAUAUCAGGUGUUGGUCUGCAUGUGUCUAUGUGUAUAUGUGACACUGUCCCCACAUUAUCAUCCAGGAGGCCUGAUCUUUCAUUUCUUGUACAGACCUUUUGUUUUCUAGGAUAAAGAAAAAAAAAAAAAAAAAAAAACUGAGCACAAUAAUACAACAGACAGAAGAACGGAAAGAUGGAGGACUCAGUACAUUCUCUGGAUGUGAUAAAUGUCAUGCACUUUACAAGGACCACUGGACGCCAAUGCUAAACCUAAAAGACAAUCUUGGAAAGAGAACAAGAGAUGCAUCUUUUCCUUCCAAAAGAUUAUAACUGUAAAGAGAUCUAUUAAUAAUGAUUAUGAGGAUGAGUAUAUUAUAAAUCAUAAUAAGCUUACAA